UGAAGAAGCCAGGCUGCCUCUGCAGAAGCCUCCAACGCGGAAACUCGUGAGAAACUUCUUGACUUGUGGAGAGGAAGUGCCAUCUUCUUCUUCUUCUUCUUCUUCAGCGUUCAGACUCCAACCACUCUAAUGAGGAGGCCCUGCAACAGAAGUUUCACCUGUCCAUAUCAGACCUGAAGCAGGAACCAAGAGCACCUGCAGACUGACUCGGACCUGAUGACCCCCAGAAAACGAGCAGGAGAUCAGACACUCACAGUGAUAAUGGAGACGCUUCGUUCAUCAGUGACGAGCUGAUCGUGGUCCAGAUGUGGGGAGUGUGAACGUCUGAAUUCAUCUGCUGCUAAACAACACAAACAAACCAACCCACCGAGGCAUCGCAGACUGACAACUCCUGUGUUCAGGCUGCAGCAGGGAAGCUCUCAGUGGACGGCGUGCCGCAGACGUCCAGCUGUGAGCUGCAAGACACGAUGAGACGUCUGGGCUCAAACUCAGAUGACAGAUCUCGCCUCACUGCUGCCCUCUCCUGUCUGAAGAGUGUUAAUGAAACAGGUGACACAGGUUCCUGCAGCUCUGAGCCAUCACAGGACAGCGAUGCCUUCUCUCCCAUCAGCCCCAUCUCCAGCAUCUGUAGCCCCACCCUCCCCCUUCAGCCCACCACCAAUCAUGGCCGCUCCAUCUCCAUAUCAGUGGUGCCCUGUUCAGAGGAGCAAAGAACUUACAUAUCAACAGAGGAAAUGAUUGAUGCAUUUACGCCAGAGCUGAGCACACCUCCUCCUGGGCGAUCGUCAAAGACACGCACCGCAAAGUCCUCACAGACCCCCCCGCCUCCCUCACGCAAACUGCUGCAGCUUUUCCCCAACAUUAACCUGACCAGGAGCAAGAGUCAUGAGUCUCAGCUUGCCAACCGCAUUGAGGAGCCCUCAGCACAAAGGGCCGGUAAGAAGAACAAAGUUUUGGCUGCGAUUCACAUUAACGGCUCAGGGAAUGCUCCUGAAGACUCAGGCCUGCGCUCACCUCCGCUGUCAGCCCGAACACUUGGCCCCGUCCCCACCUCUGCCUCAUACAUGAUGACUGCACACCCGCCCCUGCUGCUGGACACAGGUGUGAGUAUGCACAAGAACUCACCUCAGACUCUGAGGAGGGACAUCGGCCUUGCUGUCACACACAGGUUUUCCACAAAGUCGUGGCUCUCUCAGACGUGUCAGGUGUGUCGAAAGAGCAUGAUGUUUGGUGUUAAAUGCAAACACUGCAAGUUAAAGUGUCACAACAAAUGUACCAAAGAUGCUCCAUCGUGUCGGAUAUCAUUCCUCACAUUGCCGAGGAUGCGUCGAGCAGAGUCAGUUCCAUCAGACAUUAAUAAUCGAAUCGAUCACUCAGCAGAGAUACCACUGCAGUUUAGGACGUUACCAAAAGCGAUCACAAAAAGAGAGCCUCCUCCCAGUUUAAACCAGUUGGACUCCAGCAGUAACCCUUCCUCAGCCACCUCCUCCACCCCCUCUUCCCCUGCAAACUUCCAGCAGAGUAACCCCCCCAGCGUAAGCGCCACACCCCCUCCUCACCCGUCACCGCAGGGCUGCCGUGACGAUCGCUUCCACUUCCCAGAGGUUCCUGCUUCUUCACAUCCUGCUGGUCAACAACUUGGCAGCAGCUAUGAGCUGGGAGGGUCACAGGUGGUUGUGGCAGAGACUCAGCUCACAGCAGCAGAACGACAAGGGGAUGAAGUAGAGGAAGACUUCCCAACUGAGGAAGAAGAAUCAGCAAAUCAGAGCAGUAGAACAAAAAAUGUCCCUCCCGAGGAGGGAGAUGAGGACGGGCUGGAGGACCUGCCGCCAAUAUGUCGGCGUGGGGCUGUCGGCCGCUGGAGAGGCCAGAUCUCCCGCAAGGCGAGUCAGACCAGUGUGUACCUGCAGGAGUGGGACAUCCCGUACGAGCAGCUGCAGUUAGGGGAACUCAUUGGAAAGGGUCGCUGGGGGAAGGUACACAAAGGGCGCUGGCAUGGUGAGGUGGCGAUCCGCUUGUUGGAAAUCGAUGGGAACAACCAGGACCACCUGAAGGUCUUCAAGAAGGAGGUGAUGAAUUACAGGCAGACCCGACAUGAGAACGUGGUGCUGUUUAUGGGCGCCUGCAUGGCCCCACCCCACCUCGCCAUUAUCACCAGCUUCUGUAAAGGUCUGACUCUGUUCACUGUUGUAAGAGAAAGAGGUCACAUGCUGGACAUCAACAAAAUCAGACAGAUUGCACAAGACAUUGUAAAGGGAAUGGGUUACCUCCAUGCUAAAGACAUAAUUCACAAAGACCUGAAGUCGAAGAAUGUUUUCUAUGACACCAACAAGGUGGUAAUCACAGACUUCGGCCUGUUUGGGAUGUCUGGAGUCGUACAAGAGGGCAGAAGAAAGAACGUACUGCGGAUACCUCGGGGCUGGAUCUCGUACCUUGCUCCAGAGAUUGUUCAGAAAAUGAGUCCAGAGGAGAACGAGGAUCAAUUGCCGUUCUCCAAAGCUGCAGACGUUUAUGCUUUUGGCACGAUCUGGUACGAGCUGCAGGUGGGGGACUGGCCAAUCACUGAUCUGCCUGUGGAGGCUAAAAUCUGGUUGGCAGGUAGCGGGGAGGGCAUAAAGAAGGUUCUAGCAGACAAAAACCUUGGCAAAGAGGUCACGGAGAUCCUCUCUGCAAGCUGGUCCUCUGAGGCUGACAGCAGGCCGACGUUCACCCAGUUGGCCGACAUGCUGGAGAAACUUCCCAAACUGAACCGCAGGCUGUCUCACCCCGGACAUUUCUGGAAGACUACAGAGCUGUGGGAUCAUCAUCAUCAUCAUUGCCUGAGAGAUCAUUGCCAUCAGGGCCUUCAUGCACACUGUCCAUACAUGUACAAAUACUGCAACUGAGAGCCACAUGAGCCUGGUCUUUAAACUGGAAACUUUAAAAAUGUAGUUUUCACUUUUUAACUGGAACAGCCUGUUUUUACUUGAUGUGACCUGCAUCUAGUGUCAUUUUCUCCAGGUACAAUCUAAAAGUUUAAACCAGGUUUAGAGGAGUUACAAAACUAGGCUGGUUCUUCUGAUUUCAGAGGGGCCUUUUUUGUAGUCUUUUAAAAAUUAAAUCUGAAUACCAUCUGACUUUGAACAAUGGCACAGUAUUGUUUUGGUGAAUUUAAAAAAAGCAUGCUAAUUUAGCAUUUUAACAAAAAGGCAAGGAAGUAACUCAACUUCAGUUUUGAUAUUAAUUUUUUAAUACACACUGCAGUCAACCAAAGUAGAUAUCACAUGCAAAAAUGUCUGCAGACAUUUCUUAAUUCAUAAAAAUUUCAGGUUUCCAGAUAAAGUUUCUUGUUUUUACAAGAUUCUUCUGCAUUCUAACAAGAUAUUUGUUCUGUUUUGAGAUAUUCUCAGUUACUGUUGUGUUAGGGAUCGUGAUGUGGCUGCUGCUGCUGUGUGUCUGUGUGUGUGUGUGUGUGUGGGGGUGUGUGUGUGUGUGAGUUUGGAUGUAAGAACACACUGAAUGUAAAGGGCUACAGAUGCAUUUUUGUACACAUAUAGAGCUGGAGGUUCACUUUAAUUUUCACUGUCUUGUGUUCAAGUUGCACUUCUUUUUAAAUGGUACUUCAGACGUAUUUUUGAGACUCGUUGCAGACUGUUGUUGGUGGACUGUUUGUGUAUGUUUUUGAGCAUGGAGAGGUUGUUGUGUAGAGUAUUUUUGUACAGGAUGUGCUGAUAAUUUUUAAGAUUUUUGUCUGAAUAGUUGGAUAUAAUAAAGUCUCUUACA